AUGCCGCAGUCAGAAUGGACAGAUGUCGAAGGCGGGCCUGGAGGGGAAAAGGGCUCGGAAAGCCAACCGGGAUGGUCGGAGCGCUUGUUGCAUGUGACAUGGGCCAAUUUUCUCGUUACCAUGUGUGAGUGAAUAUGCAAUAUGCAACGAGGCGGACGCGAGAGCGGGCGGGUAUAGCUUCGUGGCUGAUGCUGAGGCGCCUUUGAACAGCGACGGGAGGCAUAGCCGUGGUGAUAGGUCAACAACCGCACACCUUUCGCGGCCUUCAGACGAUUGGCAAGGUCGUCUUCAUUUUUGACCUCGUCCUGCUCAUCACCAUCAUCACCCUCACCGUGCAGCGCUUCGUGCGCAAGCCCGAGCUGCUAUGGAGAUCUUUGAGAAAUCCAGGAGAAUGCUUGUUUUUGCCUGCCGUUUGGCUCUCUGUAGCGGACAUCAUCAUCUGCAUGCAGCUCUACGCUUCGUCCAGCACGGGCAACUGGCUGACAGUCACUAUCAGAGUGCUCUUUUGGUUCUAUGUUGCCACGGUGCUGAUUGUGAGUCUCUCCAUUGUUCGCGUGCAGCGUGCGUCUAUCGCCCUCUCUGAACAUCUCGAUCUGACUAUCUGAUUCUCACUCUUUAGAUGGCCUCGCUCCUCUACCUCGACCUUUUCACUGCGCGACGCAUGACAAAUCACGACAUCAUCCCCGCUUGGCUUUUGCCCAUGCUCCCAGUCAUGCUGACGGGUACAAUUGCGGGCUCGAUCGCCUCCAGUCAGCCUCCCGGCCAAGCCAUAGCCAUUCUGGUAGCGGGAUUGACUUGUCAAGGUCUAGGAUUUUGGGCUUCCAUUGCCAUGUAUGGGCCUUUCAUCACGCGAUUGAUGAAGAUCGGACUGCCCGCUCCAAAUCUACGUCCAGGUGAGCAGCGGUGCUCAUUUCCGACCGCCUCCAUCUUGCAGAUGCAGCUAAAUCCGCUCUGCUUCCAAUCAAACGCCCUGCUUCCAAUCAAACGCCCUGCUUCCAAUCAAACGCCUCUCGCAGGACUCAUGAUUGCAGUCUCGCCGCCGGCAUUCACGGCGCUGGCACUGAUCAACAUGUCUCAAGCGACACCAGCAGCAACCUCUUAUUUCAGCAGUCAUCCCACGGCCUCAGAGACGCUCCAAGUGAUCGCCCUAGCCACCGGUAUAUUUUUAUGGGCCUUGUCUUUCUGGUGGUUCGUGGUGACUGUAUGCGCAAUCUUGCUCGGGGUGAAGAAGAUGGAGUUUCACCUCGUUUGGUACGGCCUGCUCUUUCCAAACGUGGGCUGGACAAUCUCCACCAUCAGCAUCGGCAACGCGCUGGGUAGCAAUGCUGUAACUUGGGUCAGCACGGCGAUGUCUCUCCUACUGAUCACCGCCUACCUCUGUGUCCUACUUAUGCAUGCCAGAGCCAUUUGGAGGGGUGGUAUCUUGUGGCCGGGCAAGGACGAGGAUAAAGACACAUAG